UUGUGUAUCACACAACCUCCCAACAAAAACAAAUAUCAGCAAAGGUCAUGAUAUUGAAUUUUUUCAUCAAAGUACUGAAUUGAUGGUGUAAAUUAGUAGUUGUUUCACUGUUUCUCUCUCUUUAUUCACUAGUGUGACUGUGACCAUAUGUAGCAAGUCCUCUCUUAUUCUCCAAGUUAGGUGUGAGGGCACUUUGGCAAUUAUGUUCAAGAUAUUUCUCAGAGCAAUAACAGGGAAAACACUAUGCUUCUUCUCUAUGUCCACUUUGCUUAGUUUUUUUUAUUACAAAGCCCUCUGCACAUGUUCUCAGCAACAUGAUUCAUUGUUUAAUGGAGCUCCAUCAUCAAACUGGAGAUUCCAGCAUUCUCCCGUGAGACCUGGAGGCAGGAUGCAGAAUCUUGAGUCCAGCAGAUAAUGAUAGUUGUGUACACUCUAGACUAUUUAUUCUAAAGGAAAGCUUCCUGAGUACCUUUAAUAAAUAAAAUGGGUUAUUAAGUUAUUCUAUUCUAGAAAGGGGCGAACCAUGAAUAUAUUGGUAUUUUUUGUGUUUAUUCGCUGCAUUAAAUCAGCUCUGACUUCCCCUUCUAUCGUGUGUGGCUACUGCAAUGGCUGUGAAACACAGAGGAAUGCACAGUGUCCCAGCGGGGUCACCCAACCCCACAAUCCAACCCAACAGAGAGCUGAGUUCCAAACCCAGAAACCCCUGGCUGCCUCCUGUCUGACCACCAGGGCACAGAGCCUCACCUUUGAUGCUAAAUGGAUUGUGGUGUGGUCACGAGAAGGACAGAGCAUAACCGAGAAGAGAGAAUAGAGUGUUGUACAAUGUGCUAGGAGUGAAGGAAAGAAGACAAGCUCUGUUGUUUUUCUGAUAUUCUUGAGGUGUCAGAGAGACCGAACAGGACGCAGAGAUGGGACGGAAGAAGAUACAGAUCACGAGGAUCAUGGAUGAGAGGAACAGGCAGGUUACUUUCACGAAGAGGAAGUUUGGGCUAAUGAAGAAGGCCUAUGAGCUCAGCGUUCUAUGUGACUGUGAGAUAGCCCUGAUCAUAUUCAACAGCUCAAACAAACUCUUUCAGUAUGCGAGCACUGAUAUGGACAAAGUCCUGCUCAAAUACACUGAGUACAAUGAGCCCCACGAGAGCAGAACCAACUCCGACAUUGUCGAGAAAUUAAGAAACAAAGGCCAUAAUGACCUGUGUGCCAGUCCUGAUCCAGAUGACUGUUUUGGGCACAGCCCCCUCAUGGACGACCGUUUCGGCAAACUAAGCGAAGAGAGUGAUUUAAUGUACAAGCGCUGUGGUCCCACAGCGCUGCCCCAGCAGAACUUCCCCAUGCAUGUGGCAGUUCCGGUCUCCAACCAGAACACCAUGUCCUACCACCCAGGAGGAUCCAUGAGCAGCCAGGCCCUGGCCCAGGCCGCAGCCUCUCUGAGUGACAGCGGGAUGCUCCCCCCCCCUCAGUCCUCCUUACACAGAAACGUGGGCUCCAGCGGGGGCCAGCAGAGGCCCCCCACUCAAGGCAAUGCGGGGAGCAGCUUUGUCAACUCCAGGGGCUCUCCGGGACUCCUGGGCACACCCAGCGGGAACGGCCUGGGGAAAGUCAUGCCCACCAAGUCUCCACCGCCCCCUGGAGUGAACAUGGGGAUGGGAAACCGCAAGCCAGACCUGAGAGUGGUGAUCCCCCCAUCCAGCAAAGGCAUGAUGCCCCCACUGUCAGAGGAAGAGGAAAUGGAUUUGAACACCCAAAGGCUAAGCAGCUCCCAGUCCCAGCCACUGGCCACCCCAGUAGUGUCUGUCACCACCCCCAGCCUGCCCCCCCAAGGCCUGGUCUACUCAGGCAUGCCCACCGCUUACAACACCGAGUACUCCCUGAGCAGUGCAGAGAUCUCCUCCCUACAGGGCUUUGGCUCUCCAGGGCUCUCUCUGGGCUCCAUGUCGGCAUGGCAACAACAUCAACUGGGUCAGGCAGCUCUCAGCUCUUUGGUGGGUGGUGGUCACCUACCUCAGGGCUCCAACCUCUCUAUCAACACCAGCCAAAACAUCAAUAUCAAGUCAGAGCCAAUCUCCCCUCCGCGGGAGCGCGUCACCCCCUCUGGCUUCCACCAGCAGCAGCAACAGCAGCGGCAUCAGCAACAGCAGCAGGCGUCCAGCCGGCAGGACCUGGGAAGCUCGCCAGUGGACAGCCUCAGCUCCUCCUGCAGCUCGUACGACGGCAGCGACCGUGAGGACCACCGGCCAGACUUCCACUCCUCCUCCAUGGGGCUGAGCAGACCCCCAGCCGGCACCGAGGACAACAGGGCGAGCCCUUCUGUCAAGCGCAUGCGCAUGGACACCUGGGUGACAUAGAGCCACCUGGUCAAGCCUCCAGUCACCAGCUAGUCCGAGGG